UUCCAUUUAUUAUUUCUACGCAGCAGUGGCAGAGCAGCUGCAGACAAAGCAGCGGUUUCGUACGAGGGAUAGGGAGGGAACGAGUAGCGGGCGAGUUUGAACUAUUGCUCCCCAAAUUCCCAGCUUUUGAUCGCUCUCAGCUCGAGAAUCUGCAUCAGGUUGGGUUACGGUUCUAGCGUCUAGACCUGUUGGGAUGGCAGAAGAUAAACCGCCUCCUGAAGGUAAUACUCGAGUAUAUGUUGAUUCUGAAGAGCAGGACAUGAAACAUAAAAGCGACACAGUGGAAGAUACUACAAUAUUGAAUGGAUCUGGUCCUCUGGAGCCAAAGAAUGUUGCGUCUGACUCUGGAGAUACAGGAAAUAAAAGUGAAGGUAACAAAGAUGAGGAUGGUGAAGAGAUGCAUAUUGAAGAAAAUGGAACUGCAAAAGAAAAUGAUAUUGGAGAGUCAAAAGAAGAUGACACAAUUGAGGAUGCAGGACAUAUGCAAAAAGAAAGUAGUGGAGAAGAAUUGAAAGAAGACAACCCAAUUGGGGAUGCAAAACCUGUGCAAAAAGAAAGUAGUAUAGAAGAAUCAAAAGAAAAUAGCACAAUUGAGGACGCAAGACCUAUGCAAAAAGAAAGUAGUAUAGAAGAAUCUAAAGAGGACAAACCAAUUGAGGAUGCAAAACCUGUGCAAAAAGAAAGUGGUAUAGAAGAAUCAAAAGAGGAUGGCCCAAUUGAGGAUGCGAGACUUGUGCAGAAUGGAAGUACUGUAGAAGAAUCAGAAGAAGACACAAUUGAGGAUGGAAGACCUGUGCAAAAAGAAAUUACUAUAGAAGAGUUGAAAGAUGAUGAUCAGAUUGAGAGUGCAGAUACAACAGCCACAGAAAAUGAUGUACAAGAAACAAAAGAUAAAAAAGAGAUUGAUGAUACAAUUGCUACUGCUGAGGAUAUGGAAAUGGUUGAUGAAGAAGGUGAUCAAGCAAUGGAGCAUGCGACUACUACCACUACACAAACAAAUGAUGUAGAAGAAUCAAAAGAAGACAUAAAGAAUGAGGACCCAAGUACUGCGGAAUCUAAGGAUGGGAAGAAGAUUGAUGUGGAAGGCGAUAACAUAACAGUUGUCAACCAUGGAAAAAUAUUUGUUAUGGAAGGUGAUAAGAAAAUUGCAGGUGAGGAUGUGGAAAUGGCAGAUGCAGAGGAUGACAAAAAUGUGGGAGUGGAAAAAGAAGAGAAGGGUGUGGAGCAAGAAGCAAAGCAGGUAGAAUCAAAAAAUUAUAUGGAGGUUGAAGAAAAUGGUAGUACUGACCAGAAGGACAAUGACGAUAAAGAUGCUGUAGGGUUUAAGAGAAAAAGAUCACGGGUAGAGAAAACAGAGAGAAAAGGAAGCGAAAGUGCAACAAAAGCCAUGGAGUUACUAAAUAGUCCUAUUACUUCAUCCAUUGAACGCCCUGUGCGUCAGAGAAAAUCUGUAGAGAGAUUGGUAGAAGUAAUUGAAAAUGAGGCACUGAGGGAGUUUCAAGUUGAAAAGGGACGUGGCACUCCAUUGAAGGAUAUACCAAGUGUGGCUCACAAACUAGCAAAGAAGAAACCUGAUGAUAUUAAAUUGAUACAUCAUACCCUCUUUGGAAGGAGAGGAAAGGCAGUGAAUUUCAAACAUCAUAUCCUCCAGUUUUCAGGUUUUGUAUGGCAUGAAAGUGAUGAAAAAAAAGAGAUUAUUCUAAAAUUCAAUCAACAAAAUCCAAAAAACGUGAGAGAGCGGCCAAGGGAAGUUCUUCAAAGAGAAUGGAUGAAAGCGAACAGAGAUGAUUCCUCUCUGAGCGAGGGUGAUAAAAGCUUACCAGAAAUGAACGAUGAAGAUGAAGUCAAUGAUAACAAUCCUCGUAAAGGCAAAGCAAUUGAGCAUUCUGAGAGUGAAGAUGACGAGAAAGAAACUUAUGAUAUGAUUGAAGAAGAUGAACAUCAAAAAGAGGAUCUAGGAAAGGGUGACACAAAUAAGAAGAGAGUUUCCAAACAGAGGGAAAAGGUUGGGACCGACUCCAAGGUAGAGUCUGUUUCUGCAACUACCAAGGGUUCUACUAAACCAUCAUCUUCCAUACUUGCCAAAACCAAGGAUGGUGAUGAUGAUCUAGGUGCAAAGGUCUUCUCUAGGAAGAAGAAAAUGUCUGAUUCACCCAAGAAAAAGUCAACUAUUAGAUCAGCAAAGAACGAAAAGGAUACUGGUAAAAAGGCUGGUAAAGACAAUGUAGCAAAAUCCAAGGUCCAACAGCCUGGUAAGGAGGAACUAAGAAAGAAAGUAUGCGAAAUUUUGAAGGAAGUUGACUUUAAUACGGCAACUUUCACAGACAUUCUGAAGCUGUUAGCUACGCAUUACAAAGUGGAUCUGACCUCACGAAAAGCAUCAAUAAAACUCAUAAUCCAAGAGGAGCUGACCAAAUUGGCUGAAGCUGAAGAGGAGGAGGAUGAUGAAGACUAGGAGGCGAAGCAGAAAAGAUGUGUUUUUUAACUAGCAAGUCCACUCAUGUAACGUUCUAAUUUACUUGUAGCCACAAUGUGUUUUUAUUCGUAGGUGUAGAUGUAUCUGUGAUAAUUAUGGGGUUCUGGUUGUAAACUAAACAAUGAAAAUUUUUAUAGUUUCGGUGUAUUUGUUUAGUGUUAAUGGACCAAGUUUAUUUUAUUUCUGACA